AACCGCCGCCACCCAGAAAUUCAAGCACCCCUCCCACGCCUCCCUCCAUCGGCCAACCCCGUCCAGGUUCCGGACCGCCAUGUCGUCGUGGUUUCCGUCCUCCUACUACGACGAGGAUGACGUCAAGCCGGCGGUGACGACGCAUUGGCGCCGUGACUAUGGCUACGGCUACGGCGGGGGAGUCGCCGGGGAGGACGUCAAGCCGCGUCCGGGUCCUCCGGGAGCAGGAGCAGGAGCAGGCCGAGGUGUACAUGGACAGGACGAUCGGGCGGCGCUCUCUUGGCCGGCGGCCGAGGAGUUCAAGUCGACGCUGCGCACGCAGGAGUCCCUCGCCGGCCUCCGCACCAGGUACGGCAUCCCGGAGGGGUUCGGCCUGCACCUCGCCGGCCCCGCCCAGGCAGUGUGCGCGCCGCCCCCUCCCGCCGCUCGCGGAGCCCGAGGCGGCGCCGCGGCGGUGCCGAUCUGCGUGCACACGCAGGCGUUCGCCGCGGGCAUGCGCCUGCCGCUGCACCCCUUCUUCAGCGACGCGCUCGCGCACUUCGGCAUCGCCCCGUCGCAGCUCGCGCCCAACGGGUGGCGCGUCCUGGCCGGCUUCGCGGUGCUCUGCCACUUCCGCGGCGCCGGCGCGCCCUCCUUGCCGGUGUUCCGCCACUUCUUCGCCCUCACGCCGCUCCCCAACGGGAAGGGCUGGUUCUCCUUCCGCUCCAGGGAGAGCGUCCCGUCGCUCUUCACCGGGCUCCCCACGUCCGUCAAGGGGUGGAAGGAGGAGUUCCUGCUCGUGUCGCCUCCGCCGGGCGCGCCCUGGAAGUGCCCCGUGCGGUGGGGCUCCCCGACGAAGGAGGCGACGAGCGACCCCAUGCUCGCCGGCAACGAUGCGGCCGUGGCGUGCCGGCUGUCGCAGGGGCAGGGCGUCGUCGACCUUAAGACCUACCUCUCCGAGAGCAACCUCGUCGCCGCCAAGAUUAGCCGCGCCCCGGCGUGUGUCGGGACGGGAGCUUCCCAAGGCGCAGCGCCACCGACGGCCUCAGGGAAGAAGAGAAAGGUGGCUGCUCCUGCUGGUGCUGCUGUUGCUGGCGGCGGCGGCGGCGUCGGCGACGUGCUUCGUUCGGAGCUGCGCGCGAAGGAGAUGGCCCUCUCCAAGGCCAAGGGCGAGAUCAGCCAGCUGAAGAAGGAGCUGGGCGAUGCCAAGAAGAGGGAGCUUGCCGAGGCGCAGCAGGCACUGGCCUACGCGGCGCAGGUGCUCAAGCCGGAAGGCGGCGGGAAGGGCGCGGGGGCCGGCAAGCGGCGUCGUGGCGCCCAGUGAUCACGUACGUCGUGACCAACGGUGGGCCGAGUGCAGUCGGCUGCUGGGUCGAGGUUUUUAGCAGACGUAGUUAUGUUUGAGUUGGCUGCUGAGGUCGCGUUGCAACAAAUUACGAACUUAGAAAUUUGUGGAGUUCUGCAAGAAAAAAAUGUUGAAAUCUGCUUGGUUGAUGAUUCUCACGUUGUUAGCAAAAGUACAUUUUGAUACGUAGGUAAUAUGUAUUUUUUUCAUA